AUGGGGCGAGGACAGCUGACAGAAACACAGGUGCUAACCCUAAUGCCCAGUGCAGGCCUGGCUCCAGAAAGGGAAGUAAACUCACCUGCAGGUUAUCAGUGGAAUCGAUGUCUGCAGCUGAGGGAGCUGGGGUCGGCAGCCACCCUUAGCUUCAGCGACAUCAGCCUCAGCCCCAACUGGAAGCUGAAGAACCCCACGUUGGCCUGGCCUAGCUGGUCACAUUUGCCGGUUCUGGGGAUUAGGAAGGACACAGACACACCUGGAGGCCACCACUCAGGCCACUACGUACACCAUCUACGUGGUAUGCCCACCUACAUGCACGUCCCUGGUUCUGGCAAACCUUUAAAAGAGGUUGACUUCGAGGAGAUUCUUCAAGAACGUGGAGGGAACACGAUGCAGCAAAGGUCCUUGAACACAGAAGCAUUGUGCUGGGUCCUCCAGGAAGCAAGCAGCAAUAAAGUUAGAAUUAUAAGAGAUUCUUGGAAGGAUGCCUAUGAAGAACGAAGGGAGAGGGGGAGCAGGAGGAGGCAGGAAAGACUUCAGAUUGCCAAGCAGGUUGACCUGAUGGCUGCCUGGUGUGGUGUGAUCAGGAAGCAGGCUCUCUGUGGCCCUCGAGCCGGCCAAUUCAGGUCACCCAAUGAGUCCGAGGAUGAGAGCACCCUGCGUAAGCAGCUGCACGAUGUCCAGUCAUCCCUCCUUAACCCUUGUGUCAAAUACACCCACAGGAGCACCGGGCUACGGGGUCUGCCACGGACACUGCCUCUUGUAGUGAUUCUCGGGGCCACGGGCACCGGCAAAUCCACCCUGGCGUUGCAGCUAGGCCAGCGGCUCGGUGGCGAAAUCGUUAGCGCUGACUCCACGCAGGUUUAUGAAGGCCUAGACAUUAUCACCAACAAGGUUUCUGCCCAAGAGCAGAGAAUGUGCCAGCACCACAUGAUCAGCUUUGUGGAUCCUCUCGUGACAAAUUACACAGUUGUGGAUUUCAGGAACAAGGCAACUGCUCUGAUUGAAGAUAUAUUUGCCCGACACAAAAUUCCUAUUGUCAUGGGAGGAACCAAUUAUUACAUUGAAUCUCUGCUCUGGAAAGUUCUUGUCAAUACUAAGCCCCAUGAGAUGGGCCCUGAGAAAGUGACCGACCGAAAAGAGCUUGAGAAGGAGGAUGGCCACGUUCUUCACAAACGCCUAAGCCAAGUGGACCCAGAAAUGGCUGCCAAGCUGCACCCCCAUGACAAGCGCAAAGUGGCCAGGAGCUUGCAAGUAUUUGAAGAAACGGGGAUCUCUCAUAGUGAAUUUCUUCAUCGUCAACAUGCAGAGGAAGGUGGUGGUCCCCUUGGAGGCCCUCUGAAGUUCCCUAACCUUUGCAUCCUCUGGCUUCAUGCUGACCAGACAGUUCUAGAUGAGCGCUUGGAUAAGAGGGUGGAUGACAUGCUUGCUGCUGGGCUCUUGGAUGAACUAAGAGAUUUUCACAGACGCUAUAAUCAGAAGAAAGUUGCAGAAAAUAGCCAGGACUAUCAACACGGUAUCUUCCAAUCCAUUGGCUUCAAGGAAUUUCACGAGUACCUGGUCACUGAGGGAAAAUGCACACCAGAGACUAGUAACCAGCUCCUAAAGAAAGGUAUUGAGUCUCUGAAACAAGUGACUAAGAGAUAUGCCCGGAAGCAAAACCGGUGGGUUAAAAACCGAUUUUUGAGCAGACCUGGUCCCAGUGUCCCCCCAGUAUAUGGCUUAGAAGUAUCUGAUGUCUCGAAGUGGGAAGAAUCUGUUCUUGAACCUGCUCUUGAAAUCGUGCAAAAUUUCAUCCAGGGCCACAAGCCUGCAGCUGCUCCAGUAAAGAUGCUAUGCAAUGAAAUGGAGAACAAGAGAAGUUACCGCAUGUGUGACCUCUGUGAUCGAAUCAUCAUUGGGGACCGUGAAUGGGCAGCACAUAUAAAAUCCAAAUCCCACUUGCACCAACUGAGGAAGAGAAGAAGAUUGGACUUGGAUGCUCUUGCUACCAUUGAGAGUCAGAGUAUUUCUCCAGACUGUGACAAAGAGCCAGAAGAGAAAGGGUCCCCAGGGCAGAAUGAGAAAGAGCUGAAAUCUGGUGUUUAAAGAGAAAUGUCCAGUACUAGCCUUUGCACAGGUAGGGACCCAGUUCAGGAGGGAGGGUUAUGUCUGUGUCCCUGUCUGGACUGAGGAGUGCUACGCAGAAAGCCCCCACGAUUUUCUUUCUGCGGUGGUGUGGUUUCAGUGUUCUUUGUCAUGGAAACAGCAGGACUUGUUAGCUCCCUGUUUGGCUGAUGUGCCUGGUAAUGAUGAUUUUUGGAAGGAAUUUUUUUUUCUUUCAACCCAAAAGGUUCUAUUUUUGAAAGAGGCACAGAAUGCACUUUUUAAUACUUGAGGAUCUUUUUGGUAAUGAAUACCUGAAUUUCCUAUAUCCCUGAAAAAAGAAGUUUUAUGUCCCUGACUGUGGCUAAAAAUAUCUCAUUUCCACUUCUAUAAAAGAUGACUGAAGUAUUGUGAGCCACAAGUCAGGAGUUCUGGAUUUGAGUGAAUGGCAGGAAAGGCCCAGCCCCAGUGAGAUGAUUAAGUGAACUCAGCCAGUUGUUGGAUUACACUGAGAAGGAGAGAAGGAGGUGGUCAUGAUGUGGCUUGAAAACUAAAGACUUUGACAUUUGUUGAGCUCCUCCUGUGUGAUAAUUACUAUCACUGCUAUCUUUUUAUUGAGUUAAGAGUCUAUAUUUUUAUUAAAA